AUGAAUUUGAAAAAUUCACUGGGGUGUAUCCUACUGCUGUUCGUUCAGUGUGGACUAUGGACAAGUGCAGAAGAGGUCCUUGAACUUGCCAAUUCUCACAUGCUUUCACCAGGAGGCUAUACGAGACUGAUCAACAUUAAUACAAAAGAUUAUCCACGGGACUGCAGUGAAAUUUUUCAGCAAUCUGAGCAGAGUUCCAGAGAUGGUAUUUACAUCAUUCAGCCAGCAAAGGAGCCUAUUGGUGUGUACUGCGAUAUGCAAGAUGGUGGCUGGACAGUGAUUCAGCACAUUACUGCCAACAGUACUGUGGACUUUGAUAGGACCUGGCAGGACUAUAAAUAUGGAUUUGGUUUCCUUAAUGACAACUACUGGUUAGGGAAUGAGUAUAUGCACCAGUUAACCAGUUCUUCAAGACCAUAUAUACUUAGGGUUAAACUUGUAGACCUAAAUGCUGAAAUUAAGUGGGGAGAAUAUGAGCCAUUCCUCAUUGAGGAUGAAGCAUCUCAAUAUAGGAUCAGGCUUGGCUUGUAUAAAGGCAAUGCUGUUGAUGCUCUGACUCAGGAUACAGAAGCAUAUCUUCAUGACAACCAGAAGUUUACUACAAAAGACAAAGAUAACGAUAACUAUUUUCAAAAUUGUGCCAAACUGGAAUACAAUGGUAUUCCUGGUGGAGGCUGGUGGUAUGAUGCUUGUGCUGGAGCAAAUCUGAACCGAAGGAAUGUUAUAUAUUGGCAGAAGGACUGUAAUAAAGAGCACAUGUGUAAAUAUGCCUGGAUGAUGGUCAAGCCAGUAGACCACAGUCAGGACCAUUCCAAGGCUUGUCCUGUUCAGAAAGAUGAACUGUAA